AUGUCAGCAUUUAACAGCAGUCACGUCAACCCCUCUCAUUCGUCCUGCUGGGUGGGACAGGCCUGGAAGCUGCAUGUUCCUGGCUCUCCAGCCCUCUGUCCUCAACUUACAUUUUGGGGCACUGCACAUCUCCUUAUCGCUAUCCAGACAGAGCCAAGCCUCCAUAAGCCUCUGGAUAUUUUCCUGUGCAUGCUGGCUGUGAUUGAUCUAGCACUUGCCCAAAAUGCUGUGCCCCAGGUACUAAGCGUAUUCUGGUUCAACGCCAGGGAAAUCGCUUUCAGUGCCUGCUUCACCCAGAUGUUCUUUAUCCAUUUUAUUUUCAUCAUGCAGUCAGCCAUCCUGCUGGCCAUGGCAUUUGAUCGGUACGUUGCCAUCUGCGACCCCCUCAGAUACACCACCAUACUAAUGCACUCAAAGAUAGGGAAAAUCACGGCGGCAGCUGUCAUCAGAGGGGUUUGCCUGGUGGCCUCCCUUAUCUUCUUUCUGAAAAGGUUACCGUACUGCGGACCUAAUGUCAUUUAUCACACGUUCUGCGAGCACAUGGGAAUAGCCCGGCUGGCCUGUGCUGAUAUAAUGCUCAAUAUCUGGCAUGGUUUAACGGUGGCUCUUGUAACCACAGGGCUAGAUGCUGUGUUUAUUAUUGUGUCCUACAUUCUGAUCCUCCAGACCGUCUUCCGGCUCCCGUCCAAAGACGCCCGGCUCAAGGCUCUAGGCACCUGCGGCUCCCACAUCUGUGUCAUAUUGAUGUUUUACAUCCCUGCCUUUUUCUCAAUCUUUGCAUAUCACUUUGGUGGAGCUAACAUCCCUCACUAUAUUCACGUCCUGCUGGCCAAUGUCUUUGUAAUCGUUCCUCCCAUGUUAAAUCCCAUCGUGUACGGGGUGAGAACCAGACAGAUUCGGGAACAAGUGAUUCAGGAGCUCUGCAAGGCAGGCAAAUGGUUCUGA